AUGGUAAACGCCCAAGAAUGGUUAGAUCAAAACUAUACGAAAGAAAAUAGAAAAGAAAUUAACCGGUUGGAAAUCCAUAAUAAAAAUUUGGAGGGUCAACUAGAACUAGCUGAUUUUAUUAGUUUAAAAUAUUUAAAUUGUUCUAGUAACAAAUUAACUAGUUUAAAUCUUAUAGAUUGUCAAAAACUAGAAGUGAUUCGUUGUUAUUUUAAUGAAAUCCGGUUAUUAAAUUUGCCAAAAUUGAAUCAACUUCGAGAAUUUGACACUGAUUGGUUUUCUCCUUUUACUAAAUUGGAAAUUUUAUUGAUUGAUAAUGAUACCAAAGAUAGAAUUGAGAAAAAUAUUUAUAAUCGUUUCUAUGGUAGUUUAAGAUCUUUGCAAAAUAUGAAUAAUUUAAAAAUUCUUGAUAUUCGAGCUAUAGAUGUUGAAAAAGGUUUAGAGUAUUUACCGGCUGAAAUUAAAGAAUUUCAGUAUUCUUCAAUUUGGCUUAGACCAGAAGCUAAAUAUAAUAAUCCAAAUAAUCCUUAUAAUUUUCUUGAACUAAGGCAAGAAAUUACUCGUCUCAAAUAUCAAGAAUUGGCCCCAAAAGUUCGUAAUAAAAAAACCGGAUUUGAGAAGCUAAUGGUAAAUCUAAAAGAAAAGGCCGGAGAAGGUUUUGCUCAUAUAAUUGACUUACUGAUAACAGCCCAUCAGCAAAAAGAGCAAGCCACUGAUCUUUCCCAAAAAGAUAAGCUAAGUGGUAAAAUAGAAGCUUAUCAAGAAAUUUUAGUAGGAGGUAAUCUAACUAAAGAGGAAUUACAAAUCUUUCUUGAUCAACAAACUGAACUUUCACAAUUAGAAGAACACUUAAAUAGCUUUAUCAUUAAUGAUUAA